AUGUCGCCGGCCGCCCUCGCGCGCGUGGCUGCCGCGGCGUGGCGCGCGGGCGCGUGGCCGCGUCGCGUCUCCUCCGGCUGCGGCGCCGCGGUGCUCGGCGGGUCCCCGACCGUCGCCCUCACGACGUCCUCCCGCCGGAAGGGCGACUACGGCUUCAACGUGUUCCACAACUCCAACCCGCAGCACGGCGGGUCGUACGCCCGCCACGAGCGGCGCAUGCGGGAAGACGAGGUGGAGGACUUCAUGCGGAGCGUGCGGGGGUGGGUGCCGGCGGACGACGCGGCUGCGGCGGAGGCGGAGGCGGAGGGGCCGUCGCCGCUGACUAUUUUUACCGGCGCGGAGGCGAUCAAGCGGGAGUUUGUGUUCCCCGCCUACCGCGACGCGUACCUUUUCAUGGGCCGCUUCUGGGCCUUCUGCUACGGCAGCGACAAGUACCCGCACGUGACGUGGGACGGCACCCGCGUCACGGUGUACCUCUACUCCCCCUCGUUUCGCGGGCUCAGCAAGCGCGAGGCCCGCCUCGCCGCCUUUUUGAACGACCAGUACAACAUGUUCAAGAAGAGCAGGCGGCAGCAGGAGCAGCUGGUGGGCGUCACGGUGCGGCAGACACGGGCGGAGGAGUUGAUGGGGGAUGCGGUGGCGGCACAACUGCGGCGACGGGAGGAGGAGCGGCGGCGGCCGCUGGCAGAAGUCGCGGACGGCCGUGCAGCGACGUGGGACGCGCUUCUCGACAGCGGCGGCGACGGCGGCGGGGGGGCGAAGACGCCCUGA